AUGUCUGCAUCUUUAGCUACUACUUUUUUGAACCAUACCUAUGAGAAUCCUUUCAUGAACGCAUCAGGUGUGCAUUGCAUGGACUACAAGGAAUUGGACGAAUUAGAUAACUCUAAUGCUUCUACUUUUAUAACUAAGAGCUCUACUUCCUUAAGGAGAGAAGGAAACCCAGAACCACGUUACUUUUCGGUCCCGCUAGGCAGCAUCAAUUCUAUGGGUUUGCCAAAUGAAGGUUUUGAUUACUACUUGAAAUAUGUCAGCGAACGUCAACAAAAAAAACCUAAUACGAAUCCUGCCUUUUUCUCGGUUGCUGGUAUGAGCGUUGAUGAAAAUUUGAAGAUGCUAAGAGCCAUUCAAGAAAGUGAUUUUAAUGGUGUAACGGAGUUGAACUUGUCCUGCCCAAACGUACCAGGAAAACCUCAAGUUGCUUACGAUUUUGAUUUGCUCAAGGAAAUCUUGGGAAAAGUAUUCGAAUUCUUCACUAAGCCAUUAGGUGUUAAGUUACCCCCUUACUUUGAUUUCGCUCAUUUUGACACAGCGGCAAGCAUACUGAACCAAUUCCCUCUAGUUUACGUCAAUUGUAUCAAUAGUAUUGGGAAUGGACUGUACAUUGAUACUGAAAAGGAGAGUGUUGUUAUCAAACCCAAAGAUGGCUUUGGUGGUCUCGGAGGUGAAUAUAUCAAACCCACUGCGUUGGCAAAUGUUCGAGCAUUUUAUACCCGUUUGAAUCCAUCUAUUAAAAUUUUCGGAACUGGAGGCAUUAGAACUGGAAAAGAUGCAUUCGAGCACCUAUUGUGCGGUGCAACUAUGUUACAAGUUGGUACAGAACUAUACAAGGAAGGUGUUUCUGUCUUUGACCGCAUAGAGAAAGAAUUAAAGGAAAUCAUGGACAAAAAAGGCUACACUUCAAUCGAACAAUUUCGCGGGAAACUGAGUAGCUUGUAA